GGACACGGGGGGAGAGGGAGAGGGUCACGGAGGCAGCGCCACACGUUCCCCCACCCCCCCCCGGCUCAGGCGAACAGUCAGCGGCGGACGGGUGAAUCUUGGAGCCCCGUGUCUCAGCAUGAAGCUGCUGGCCACUCUGCCCAUCUUCUGCCUACUGGCCCUGGCCUCUGCGCUGGACAGCCCCCAACGCUGCACUUCUCCGGACCAAAUAGAAGGAAUGGUGUCUGUGUUUCUCCCACUCCAGUUUACUGGGGACUACGGGAUGUUCUCCUACGACGCGAUUAACAAGAGGUUUUACAGUCAUUUCUUCUUAAGCAAAGGGGAACAGACUUGGCAGCAGGUGGACAUCCUGCUCUUCGAGAAGUCCGUGAUGUACCUGUACUUCCCCCAAAACAAGACCUGCCUGAAGGCCCCGCUCCAUGCCCCGUUCCAGAAAUUUGGUGUUCCCAAAAAUGCCACGCUCCUCGGUCCUUCCUCCAUUGGAACCCUGCAGGUCCCUGGCGCUGGACUACUGUGUAAUACCUGGAAUGGAAUUGAGUAUGGAGUUUACUACAUAACGUCCUUCACGGAUUACGACUGCUUUCCCAUAUACCGUGUGAACGUCUUCGGAAAGUUCUGGUACUCCGAAACGUACAUGAACAUAACAGCUGGGAUCCGAGAUCCGACGGUCUUCACCCCCCCUCCGGAAUGUGAUGAUCCCGUCUACGAACCUUCUCUCAGUGAGCGGCUGCACCCAUGGGUGGCCAUCUCCGUCUCCGGGGUAAAUGCAAGUGGGGUGGAUCAGUUUCUGGAUAUUUUGAGAAUUGGGGGAAACCUGUGAAAAUCAGAGCCACAGGCAACUGUAGAUGAUAAAUCAUAUAAUGCAGAGGUUGAUAGUUUCUUGAUUAGUCAGGGCAUGAGGAGAAGACAGGAGAAUGGGGUUGAGAGGGAUAAUAAAUCAGCCAUGAUGGAAUGGGCUGAAUGGCCUAAUUCUGCUCCAAUGUCUUCUGGUUUGAUGGGGAUCGGGCAGCGAUGGAAGCUGUGACAGGACCUCGCUGAAUGUUGGAACAGACCAGAUGGGCUGAGUGGCCUCCUCUUGCUCUUCAUCCUGACCUCCAUUUGUCGAAUCACAAUAAAGUUUGAUGUGAUCUUG